CUGGACAUGGAGAGGUUUGCUGGAGUUCAUAGAGAGCAGGGCUGCCAAUGUGUAGAUUAUUCUUAGAUUAUGGGACAUGGAGAUGAUGGGGGCUGAAAGGCAGCAUGAGGUGGAGGUUCUCAAACAGUCCCAAAGGGAAUUGCAGUGGGUCCAAAACCAGCUGUCAAUCAUCUCUAAUAGAACUAAUGGACCUGGCAGGACCAAGGAUAAGAAACCGAGGAAUGCAGUGUUUCCAUUGCAUAUAUCUCCCCAGCAUGUGGAAACAUACCGACUGCUAGAGGACAGGAAAGACAAACUCUCACCCAAGAGCUCCACCCUCUACCUGCUCCGACAGCAGCACAAACGACUGGAGACUGAGAUCAGCAGGAAGAGAAAGGAGUGUGAAGUGCUCGAGGAGGAGGUGAAGAAAAAGAGUCAGUCAUGUCAAACUCUGGAGAGUGAGCUUCAGCAUGUUCUGCAGCAGAAAGCACGUCUGAAUCUCCAGUUGUUCAACGAUACCCAGAAGGCAGCAAAGAAUGAGCAGGUGAAAAGUGAGUAUGAACAGCUGCAGGAGGCUCUGUACACAGUGACAGUGGAGAGAGAUUGUGCUCUGUUGGAGAGGACUGAGCUCCAAGGCAAACUGGAGAACCUAGAACAGGUGUUGAAGCAUAUGCGAGAGGCUGCAGAGAGGAGGCAGCAGCUAGAAUUAGAGCAUGAACAAGCCCUGGCCAUCCUCAGUGCCAAGCAGCAGGAGAUUGACCUUCUGCAGAAGGCUCAGGUUGAGGCCAAGAAGGAUCAUGAAGGUGCCGUCCAUCUGUUAGAGAAUCACUUGGACAGCAUGCAGCUGAGAAGUAUCCUUCGCACUAAGGGCACAAUGCAGUUUUUGGCUAAAGUGAGAGAACUGGAGGGAAAAUGCAGGGCGCAGAGUGAGCAGUUUAAUCAGCUGUCUAAAGAGUUGGAGAAGUUUAGAUUGCAGGCUGGAAAGUUAGACAUCCUGAGCAGUAGUCAGUUCACAGGGGGCGAUUCGCCUGGCUCACCCACCAAACCCCUCACCCUCUCCCAGCUCCUCAAUGGUCUCACUGCCCCCUCAGGGAAAGAUAAUGAGGAUUCGUUAAGUAAGAUCUCAGAGCUCAUUCGGCCUCUGCAAAUGAGUGAGGGGGAGAAGGCGGAGCUCUUGUCUGUCAAACCCACCUUUCUGUCUCGCAGUACAUCCUCUAGCCCACGCCGGGCCUUCCUGUCAGAGGUGCGGCCCGUCAUCGCCACUAAUAUGGACAAAGAGCUCAGCUCUUCCCCCAGAUCUAAGCCCAGAUACACAGGCAAAGUGCGAUUGUGUGUUGCUCGCUACAAUUACAACCCUGAUGAUGGCCCCAAUGAGCACCCUGAAGCAGAGCUCCCCCUGGUGGCUGGGAAGUACUUAUAUGUUUAUGGGACUAUGGAUGAGGAUGGCUUCUACGAGGGGGAGUUGUUGGAUGGACAGCAGGGCCUUGUCCCAUCCAACUUUGUUGACUUUCUUCAGGAUGAGGAGUUUCCCUCGGUUCCUCUCUCUGACCGCAUAAAGGAACCAUCCUACCUCAACCACAGCCUCACCUCCAUGCCGAGCAGUGCCGUAAGCACACUCAGCACGAUGCUAUCAGAGAAGCUGGAUGCCCUGGGCUCGGGCACCGGGACAGGCACCAGCAGCAGCAGUGGGGUGAGCAGCCUAGGCAUGAGCAUGGGGCUGGCCAUGGACCUUUUGGGACCAUGCAGCAAUGGCACAGGCACGCUGGACGUGAACAUCGAUGAGAUUGGAGAAGACAUCGUGCCUUACCCCCGCCACAUUACUUUGAUCAAGCAGCUGGCCAAGAGUGUGAUCAUAAGCUGGGACCCUCCAGUGGUGCUGCCCGGAUGGGCUCCCAUCAGUGGCUACAAUGUUCUGGUGGAUCAAGAAGUGCGCAUGAGCGUGCCCUUCUGUGGCCGUACCAAGUCUCUUAUUGAAAAGCUGAACCUGGCUUCCUGUACACAUCGUAUCUCCAUCCAAAGCGUGACUGAGCGGGGGCUCUCGGAUCCACUGCGCUGCACGCUGCUGGUGGGAACGAAUGUGGUGGUGGCACCCUACUACCUUUGCGUGGAGAACAUUACGCAAGUAUCCGCCGAACUCGCCUGGAUGCCAAGCAACAGUAACUACAGCCACACAAUAUUCCUAAAUGAUGUGGAGUAUGAUAUGGUAAAGCCCGGAGGGUACAAAUACCAGUUCUACAAUCUGAAGCCCAUGACGGUGUAUAAGAUAAGGUUGGUGGCCAGACCCCAUCAAAUGCCCUGGCAGAUGCCCCUCGAGCAGAGAGAGAAGAAGGAGGUGUCAGUAGAGUUCUGCACACAACCGGCUGGUCCUCCUUUACCUCCUCAGGAUGUGCAGGUUCAGUUGGGCCAGAGUCCUGGAGUCUUGCAGAUCCGAUGGAAGCCCCCUCCCCUUACUCCUACUGGCACUUCUAAUGGAGCCAGCGUUAUAGGCUACAAAGUCUGCACUAAAGGUCAAAAGAUAGCAGAGAUCAUGUACCCCACUGCAGAUUUCGUUACUGUGGAACUGAACCGUAUCCAGUGUCUUGAGGCGCGAGAGGUCGUUGUGCGGACAAUAUCAGCACAAGGAGAGUCUCAGGACUCUCCUGUUGCCGCCAUUCCACUUAGCUUCCUGGUGCCUCACUCCCAUCCACACCCUCAUCUCCAGCCUCACCCUCCACCUCACCCACAACCUCAUUCACAGACGCAUCAGCCCCCUCACCCACAACCUCAUUCUCAGACGCAUCAGCCCCCUUACCCCCAAGCCUACCCGCCAACCCAUCCACAGCCACACGUUCAACCCCAGCCACCCCACCCUCAACCUCAUCCACCACCCUCUCACCCCCACCCACAGCAGAACAUCCAUCCCUCACCCUCCCUGUUCCCCAUGUCUAAACCCAAACUCCUACCAAGUGCCAGAGACCCCCAUGCCAAAGAGCCAGAGAUGGGCAGGCGACUGGCACAACCCUGGGAGCCACAUCCCCGUGCCCCAUCGCCCCGACCACCCCCUACACAUAAGGGGCACACACUGGAGCCCCCUCACAUAGAGGGCCGGCGCUCACCCUCCCCUCAGAGGAUUCUGCCUCAACCUCAGGGAGCACCCAUUCCGAACACAGUGGCUCGUGCAAUGGCCCGGCAGGCGGCGCAGAGGAACUAUCCAAACAACAGGGUGGAGAGGAGGAACAUCUUCAGCGAAAGGGGUAACGCUUUGCAUUCACUAAACUCAGAUGAGGAAGAGGAUGGGUACGACUCCCCCCACGCCAGGCGAAGAGGAGCAUCUGUGGUCGAAUUUCUCAGAGGUUCUGAGAUCAGCAAGCCUCAUCAUCACUACAGCCACAGUGAGGAUUACUACACUGAGAGCAGUCGAGGCUCAGACCUCUCUGACAUCAUGGAGGAGGAUGAGGAGGAGUUGUACUCUGAGAUGCAACUGGAGGAAGGCCGGCGGCGCAGCAUCAACUCACACAACGCACUUAAGGCAUAUUACAGGCGUCAGGACCUAGCUGUGGAACGGGACAGUUGGGACCUGCAACGAGAGGUGGUACGACAGCGAUCCUUGCGCUCGCACAAGCGCCUCCAUAGCAUCCCGGAGGUGGCAGAGGAGGAUCCAGACACAGGGGUGGAGGUCAUGGGCCAACGGUUGCGUUUCGAGGAGAAUCGUCCAGUAACUCCAUGCAGGAGCCCGCGGGUUUACCAUCAGGACUUGCGGCAGCCAAACCACCUCUCCCCCAGCAAGUGUGUCCGUAGGCUGCAGAGGCAGCGCUCCUCUCCGCGUUACACCUCCAUUGAGGAUAGGGCUCCAGGGGGUCCGUGCUGGAACAGCAGCUGUUGCAGACAAAGCACCAAGAGCCCGGACAGUGGACUGGACUGUGGUAGCGAGGAAGAGGGCUCGCUUGCCUAUCGGGGAGGGUACCAUUCGUACACAGGGGGCAGCCCGCUGCGGGUCGGCUCUGGCCCCAACAUGCGGGUGAUCCACAGCGAGGGGCCAGUGGAGCGCCGUGCUCUGGCUGCCGGCAGGAAAAGGACACUGACUCGACAGUGCAGCAUGGAGGAGGACAUCCUGGAAACUGUUCCAGAGACACGGAGCAUGCGGGAGUCGUACCACCAUUACCACUAUCAUCCACACCUUCAUCAUCCUCAACGCAGGUUCCAGAGCGAGGGCAGGCUGAGCGAGGUUGGCAGGACCUAUCAAAGGGACAUUAGGGCCUACUCUGUGGCCAGACUCAACAGGGCAAUGGAUGAACCCCUGAUUUUAGGGAGCUCUCCCUCAACGGGACGCUCGGAUCGACUGGACCAUUCUGGCCGUAGGAUGGGCCAUGGCUGUCCACCCCCUCAAAGAAGGCCCAUGAAUGUUCCCUCCAUUGAGAUCACCGUGGAAAAUAACAGUGAGGGGAGCGAGGAGAACCUCUCACCUGUCAAGGACGAUGUUUACUAUACCAGUGUAGCCCACCGCAGGAAAUGGCCCCCACAGCGAUCAGAGCACCAAUAUGAUGGUUAUAGAGGACGAGAACGGCAGUCCUCAGACUACUAUGAGUCAGAACCAGACGACUUGUCCCGAAUCUUUGUGGCGAUGUUUGACUACGACCCCCUGUCAAUGUCUCCCAACCCUGAUGCUGCUGUAGAAGAGCUUCCCUUCAAGGAGGGCCAGAUCAUAAUGGUUUUUGGAGAUAAGGACAAAGAUGGAUUCUACAGGGCAGAGGUCUGUGGCCGCAGGGGGCUCAUCCCCUGUAACAUGGUCUCAGAAAUCCAGACUGAUGAUGAAGAAGUGAUGGACCAGCUGAUCAAACAGGGUUUCCUUCCUCUCAACACGCCCAUUGAGAAAAUAGUGAACUGUAAUAGGUUCAAAGAUGGCCGUUCAAUUAACCGCAGGUCCCGGAAAUCCAAGAGAGAGAGGAACAAAAGGAGUGGUAGGCAGCACCAGGUGUCUAUGCGGAGGAUGGUGGCUCUCUAUGACUAUGACCCCAGAGAGAGCUCUCCUAACGUGGAUGUCGAGGCCCGCUGUGGGGGCAACUUGCAGAGUGAGGAGGCUGAGCUGACAUUCUGUGCGGGCGAUGUAAUCACAGUGUUUGGAGAGAUCGAUGAGGAUGGCUUUUAUUAUGGUGAACUUAAUGGACACAAGGGUCUGGUUCCCUCCAACUUUCUUGAAGAAGUGCCUGAUGAUGUGGAGGUUUACCUCACCAACACCCCAAGCCGUCACCCCCAGGACCACCCCUCCCGGACAAAGAGCAAAAGGAAGAAGAGUGUUCAUUUCACUCCGUAACAGCUCAGUAUCUGUCACGUAAGUGAGCAACUGAGGAUACCACAAAUAUCGCUGUCCUCUUCUAAUGCAGACGACACGGGUCCUUAUUACUGUUGCUCCUGGUUUGAUUUGGCUCCAACACCCUUGAUGAAGUUGCUCACCAUGCUGAAAGGUGAUAGAUUACUUCAAAAGACUGGUACCCGUGGAAAAAGUGGGCCCUUCCAGAAGAAGUGCCACCCCCACAAUGCACCCACACAUCCCGGGGUCCGGCACCGCAGCACAGGGGCCCGGCAGUCCCGUCCGGCGCCCCCGAGCUGACUUUAAGAAAACAGGACUGCUCUCCAAAGGAAAGAAUCUGUUGAAAAUGCUUGGCGCUGUCAAAUAGUUUCAUAUGACCCUCCUCUCAGCUGGCUUAAGGAUGUUUGAAUUGCAGAAAGAAAAUAUCUGAAAACCAAAAAAUAGAAAAUAUUUUCCCUCCCCAUUUCUUGUCAUCACAUGGAAUCGGUAUGGAAAAGAGAACGGGAAGAGGUGGAAACUAGGGCUUUCAUGACCAUUUGUGGGGAGUUCAGCUUUAUACCAUUUAAACUGUAACCCUAAACACUGCAAGUCCUGUUUGCCCAUAUUUGCUUAUUAAAAGCACAGAAACACAUGAGUUACUAAGUCCUAAAUUCUUUAAUGUACAAGGGGUUUUCUAGGACAAUGUCCAAUAUAAUGGUAAGCAAAAGAUAGAUUUAUGAAUUUCUGAAUGUUUUAGUGAAUAAAGGUACAUUCAGUUCUUUAACUGAUAAUUAUUGCUACUUUUUUAACAAACUUUAACCUCAUGCCAUCCCGCGCACAAGUGUGUGGACAUUGAAUUUUAAAUUCAUUUUAACCAGCUGAUCUUAGUUCAAGAGACUAUGAUAUCAGUAAAGGGUUUAACUUUCGGCAUAUGCAGUCAUGUGACAAAACAAAAUGGCACUGAUCACAGCAGAGUUUGUCUUUGGGAGAAAUGCCUACAAAACUACAUUUGAUAAAAAACCUAAUUAAGUUUUUACAUUAAACCUGUUUGAGUGAAAAGUUAAUCCAAAAACUGAAAAUAUUUGCUUUCAGAGGCUUUGAGUUAGGAUGAAAAUAAGGUGCAUUUCGAACUGUUCUGAGACCAGUGCAGACAGACAGCAUACUGGAGGUUAAGUCAUUCACUGAAUAGGUAGCAAGAGAGCAACCUAUAGCUCUCUAUGCAGCGAAGUGCUUCACUCCUACAAUCCAACCAAAAGUUCAUUUUAGGCUGCAUAUGAUGUUUGACAGACAUGGGACAAUGGUAAUCUGUACAUAUCUGUAGAUUCAGAAUUUAUAAUGUAAAAUUGGUUUUAACAUGGUUGGCAGUGAUUGGAUGAUGCUGGACAUUACUUUGAAUCAGAAUUAUUUUUGCUUAUUUCUAUUCAAAAACAUGAAUAACCAACACUCCUGGAAAAAUAAUUAACAAUUUGAUAAAAAAGAAAUACUUUCUAUAGUUUAGUAUUAUUUAAUUUUAAACUUAGUCCCACUGUCCUGAUUUGAUGUCCCACAUAUAUGGACAUAAUUUUUUAGGGAAACUAUUUGCUCUAGAAAGUGUGUGUGUGUGUGUGUGUGUGUGUGUGUGUGUGUGUGUGUGUGUG